CCUUUCGACCCACACUAAAGAUCACAUAAACAAUGGCUUCUUCCAGAGCAGAAAUCCUCAAUGACGGAGGGCUGAGGCAAGACGCUAGACGCCCCUAUGAACUCCGCUCAACCUCCUUCCAACUUUCACCACACACUUCCUCAGAUGGCUCAGCCACGGCUCAACAAGGCCUCACCACCGUAGUAGUAUCAGUAUUUGGGCCGAGAGAACCAAGAAAUAGGGGUUUGGCAAGCCACGAUCGGGCCGUGGUCAGUGUCGAGGUGGGUACUGUACCAUGGGCUGCUGGCGGAGGUGCCAGACGGACAAGAGGAGACAAGCGACUUUUGGAGAUCGGGGCGGCUAUAAGACAAACAUUUGAGCCUGUCAUCUUGACACAUCUGUAUCCUCGAAGUGAAAUCUCCAUACAUGUCCAAGUCCUAGCUGCCGAUGGAGGCAUCCUGCCCACAGCCAUCAAUGCCACCACCCUCGCUCUCAUCGAUGCGGGUAUAUCUCUGCUCGACUACGUGACCUCUGUCUCCAUCGGCCUUCACCUUCUCCAACCCCUCCUGGACCUCUCACAACCCGAAGAGUCUGACCUUCCUGCCCUUGUUAUUGCUUCCCUCCCGUCAUCGGGCAAGAUUACUCUGGCGCAGAUGGAAACGAGAUUACAUGUGGAUAGAUUUGAGGAGAUGGUGACGCUGGGGGUGGAGGCGUGUGGCGUUCUCAAAGAGGAGAUGGAAGCGGUUGUCAAGAAGAGGACAGAGAAGGUCGUGGAGAGGAUGGACGUUAGGGUCGUUGGAGAAGCCACUGGAGGAAUGACCAUAGAUGACUAAGAGCCGUCCAUCGUCCGUCUCCUACUCUUUGGUAGAUUGGUACGGUACAAUCAUCAUCAUCAUCAUUCAGCUCCUAUGUAUGUCAUAGAUAGUAAAUAGUACUGCUUCCGUGUAAUCAUCGACAGUAAGCCUGUCGCGUUGAAGUCAGGCCACCUACGUGGCAGCUCUCAAGCCCCUACAUGCAUCUUGCGAGCACGCAGUAUGGUACA